GAGAUAUAUCUUCAUUCAUUCAUAUCAACCAAAAAAUAUGGCAACAAAACUCAAAGAAGUCUCAUUAACAAGCAACAACCUACAAGACCAACAAAUUCUUAUGGAAGCCGGUGAAUUAAGAGCUAAUGAACAACAUAAUAAUUCUCACACGAAAAAAAAAGGCAUACUCUCAAGAGCAUGGGCUAGAUAUGUAAACAAUGACCAUAAUUGGCUAGAUAAGCAACGUGGAAUUUUAAUCCUUUGUGCAUUAGUCGUAGCGGGAAUGGCUUUUCAUUCGGGAAUUAGUCCACCAGGAGGUAAUAUUUUGGACUCAAAGAAUGGUAGAUAUGAGCUAGGAAAUGCGGUUCAAACGGAAGUAGACAUGGACCAAUUUAUUUCAUUUGUGACUUACAAUACUUUUACUAUGAUAAUUUCAUUGGGUAUUGUGCUUGUGUUGAUAAGUGGUUUCCAAAUGAGGAAUAAGUUUUGGAUGUGGGUGCUUACAAUUGCAACAUUGUUUGCACUUGUGUUCAUGGUGGCUACUUAUUUACAAUCACUCGCGAUGAUGGCUCCAGAUAUGUAUGUCGAUGUGACGAGUGUUAUAAUCUGUUUGAUUUGGAUGUUGGCUUGUGGGGUUAUGGCAUUGGUUCAUACUAUAUUUUUUGUUGUAUGGGUUGUUAUGAAGCUUGCCAAGAAGAAGAUGCCGGAGAUAGAAUAAAGGUAUGAUGAAAACACAACCGAGGUCGUUUAAUGGGGUUCCUUUUUGUUUUUUUUUUAGUGUGUGUGUGUGGAUAAUCUGUGUCGUUGUUUCUUAAUUUGUAUCUAUAUAUCUUUUGUAUGAAGUUAAUUAAUCACACUAAUGUACUUUAUGUUUGAAA